AUGUGCGCCGCUUUGUUGCAGCUCUCGUCGCAGCGCGGUCCGUCCAAUGACGUUGGCUCUCGGCUGGCCCCCAUGCAGCGGCCACCUCAACGACCAACUCACGCGCAUCCCAAUUUCAACCCUGCUCUCGACUCCCCCAUCCCCCACAGCGCGGGCCAGCGUCUCGCGCCUGCCGCGACAAACCGAGCCUUGCUCGACGACGUCAACCUCGCGACUUGUCGCUCCACUUCAAGUUUCGACACUGCCCCCGUGCCUGAUGGAAUGAAGCUCGAGUGCGCGUGCCUUUCGCUACCUGCCAACUCCGCAAAUGCCACCCUUCUCCACACCGCGCCUGUGCCUGACCCCGGACCGCUUGUUUUCUCCGCCGUCAGGCGAGCAAGCUGGAGGGCACCACCGCCGAACCCAAUUGCCUCGUGCAACAUGCUUCUCGUGGCUGUGACUGAUCUGCUCUGCUCGUAUUCCCCCCGCAAACGUCAUCGCCUCUCUGUCGGUGACUCCUGA